UCUCUCUCUCUCUCUGUCUUCGGUAUCAAACACAUGCCAAUAAAUUGUAUCAACUCACAACACUGUGUUUGUGUGUAUAUAUAGCCCUUCUUCCCCAUGUCCUUGGAUCAAUCCUACUUUAAGCUACUCUAGUACAAAAACAAGCAAAACUCUCUCGAUAAUCCUCACCAAAAAUCAAGGAGAAAAACUCUGUCCAAAAGAGCUAGCCAUGUUCAUCUUUCUCAUUAUCUUUUGCAAUCUAGGGUUUUACCUUCUCUCUUUCUUCUUCUCAGUCCUUCAAGAAUUCUACGCCUCUCAAACAAAACCACCCACCACUCAUGGCCCUCCUUCUUAUCCCAUUAUAGGCUGCCUAAUCUCUUUCUACAAGAAUCGCCGCUGCCUUUUAGACUGGUACACCAAUCUUUUGUCGGUUUCACCAACACAAACCAUUGUGGUGCAGCGGUUAGGUGCCCGCCGCAUUAUUGUCACGGCCAAUCCGGAAAAUGUUGAGUACGUCCUCAAGACCAACUUCAUGAACUUCCCUAAAGGAAAACCCUUUACUGAAAUCCUUGGGGACCUUCUAGGGUGCGGCAUAUUCAAUGCUGAUGGUGAAUUAUGGAGCACUCAACGUAAGUUGGCUAGCCAUGAGUUCAGCACCAAGUCUUUGAGAGAAUUCGUUGUUAUGACACUACAAGAAGAGGUGGAAAAUCGUCUAAUACCGUUGUUAGAAGAGGCCGUGGAAGCUAAGAGUGUAUUGGAUUUGCAAGAUUUGUUGAGGAGAUUUUCAUUUGAUAUUGUUUGUCGAGUUUCUCUGGGGACUGAUCCUUCUUGCUUGGAUCUUUCACGGCCCAUCCCGCCGCUUGUUAAAGCAUUUGAUGCUGCUUCAGAAAUAAGCGCUAUGCGUGGAAUGGCGCCAGUUUAUGCUGUGUGGAAGGCCAAGAAACUCUUCAAUUUAGGGGCUGAGAAAAAACUGAAAGAAGCAAUCAAGCUUGUUCAUGAUUCAGUCUCAGAAAUUGUUAAGACCAAGAAGAGGGUUCUUGAAAAUGAUAGAGAAGGAAAAUUGGAAAGUGAUCUUCUUUCAAGAUUAUUACUAGCAAGGCACGGCGAGGAAGUUGUUAGAGAUAUGGUGAUAAGCUUCAUCAUGGCAGGGAGAGAUACAACGUCAGCAGCAAUGACUUGGCUAUUUUGGUUGCUUUCAAAGCAUCGAAACUCUGAGGAAAUGAUCGUGAAAGAAGUAAAAUCAUUGCUUGACGAUGGUGAAAAGGCAAUUGAUUAUGAAGUUUUAAAAGGCAUGAAUUUCUUGAAGGCAAGUUUAUGUGAGUCCAUGAGGCUGUACCCUCCAGUUCCAUGGGACUCAAAGCAUGCUAUUAUUGAUGAUGUCUUGCCGGACGGAACUUCUGUCAGAAAGGGAGAUAGAGUGACCUAUUUUCCCUACGGAAUGGGCAGAAUGGAAAAAUUGUGGGGUAAGGACCGGUUUGAAUUUAGACCAGACCGGUGGUUUCAAGAAAUCGGUAAUGAUCAGACAUUGAAAUCGGUGAGUCCAUAUACGUUUCCUGUCUUUCAAGCCGGUCCAAGGGUGUGCCUGGGCAAGGAGAUGGCUAUGAUACAGAUGAAAUAUGUGAUGGCUUCCGUAUUGAGGCGGUUCGAGAUCAAACCGGUUUUUGAUAACGAACCGGUUUUUGCUCCUCUAUUGACAGCUCAUAUGGUUGGUGGGUUGAAGGUUAUGGUCAAGAGAAGGAAUGGAAAUGGUGAUAUAUGAAAUAAAUUAUAGGAUAUCAUGUUGCAUUUGUAAUUAAUAUAUGUGUGGCCAUGUAAUUUGCUUUUA